AUGGUACUUGCUUACACGGCUUUGAAUGCCUAUGGUGCUCCAACCAAAGGAUGUGGAGUCAACAAUGCUCCAUCUGCUCCUCCCCCACCCGCGCCUGAGCGCAUCGACGUUCGUGAAAUCGCAUUGCCACCUGUAGUGGCUGGGAAUGGAACCUGUACUCCCGCAUUGAACCCGCGGGGAACAGGAUGCCUACCUGCCAAACUUCAAGAAAUCUUCCAGGCGGGCGGGUUUCUGCCAGACGGGCGACAUGUGAUCGCGAAAGUGACAUUUGCGGGUGCCCCGGCGGCUCCAGAUCCAGCCAGCAUCUAUAAUGGCGAGCAGAUCAUCAUCAUCAAGACGGUCAAGGGGGAGAAAUUCUCCAACGGCGACAACUGGAAAUGCAUUACUUGCGGAAUCCCCCCUGCGAACUCCGCAGGACGAACGCCCACCAACGAUUAUCCGCAAGCAUUCCACGAUGGCAAGCGUAUUCUAGCUGGCACGAACAUCAUCGAGUGUGCGGAGGACCUGGCCAGCGAUGCCUGCACUCCAGAUAAAACACAUGUGUAUGCCAUUCGCCAGAGCAACAAAGCCGACGACUCGGGCCCAGGUGCCCAGAUCCGCGAGCUACGCAUCCACCCGGACAACAUCCAUCUCGGAUUCAGCGUACCUGCCGUGACUUCGGGGAAGUUCGAUCAGUACGCGUACUUUGGGAGACUGAAAUUCAACCCUGCUCCUCUUAGUGGCCCUGAACCUCGGGCUCCUCGUUACGAUGUAUUAAACACGCAACUCCUCUUCCGCGAGGACCAAAUGCCUGUUUAUGUCGAUCCUCGCGAUAAAUCCCAGCUUCUCAUAAACAAGAGCGCCAUAACUGUUGGCGAACUACGCGGUUUCAAUGGCGAUGGACGCGAGAUAACCUACGUAGGAUAUCCCGCCGAGUCUUCCAACAUCGACGUUUUCGCCGCGGACCUAACCACCGGCGCCGUUCGCCGUCUCACACAGCAUCCAGAGUACGUUGAUCCCAUCGACAUAUCAGCCCACGACGACUGGAUGGUCGUCAUGGACACCCGAGGAACCGACCGUCAAAUGUGGCUCAGUGGCCUCCGCGGCAUCCCACCCGUGACCGAUCUCGUCUCCACCAGCGCCACCUCGUCGACGCGCAACAACGGCUACAGGCGAUUCUUCCAGCCGUGGCUCAUCGACCGUCACGGCGACAGAGGAGACUACUUCGGACAGAAGCUCAACGCCGCAGGUUCUGGAAUCCCGGGAAGCGGCGCCAUCAACGACCCUGAGUGGAACGGCAUGGCAGAUCCGCGAUGGUCGCCCGACGGCACGGAAAUCGUCUACUGGCAGGCUUUCACGGUUUCCCCAGCAUGCGGCGGGGCGAAUCCUCUCCCUUGUUACAAAUCUACUGCUCAGGGUGGACGCGAUGCGCGCAUCAUGAUUGCCAAGCUUGCGAGUCGCUCCCCCAAAGUUCCCAAGACUGCGCCUAUCGCCUCGGAUAAGGUCGCUUGGGGAACUCCAUACGUACCCGGUUCUCCCAAUCCGUCUAGGAAGCAGCCAGCGCCGGGGAACUACACGCUCAAGGGUGGAUGUCGGGGAAGCGCAAAGGUGACGUUGACGAACAAUGACGCGACGGGUUCGUUGCAGCGCGUGCGAGUCACGUACAAGGACUUCUCGGACGAUGGUGUUAAUGUACUCAAUGGAUGGGAAGACGUGAGUACGACAUCUCCACAGCCGACCGUCUCUCAGGUAGACUGGUACUCCGAUCUUGUGCAGAAAGGGCCGUGGAAUGGCUCGAAGAAGACGGGGCCCGAUGGCUUCCACCUUGCGAUUGACGUGUUGGUAAAUAUUUUCAAUGCCAAUGGUACUCUGAGUACUACUGUUGGCGGGAAGAAGUAUACGCAACCGGCGAAUGGUACUUAG